AUUGGAGCAUUCUUCCUGGGGGAGAAGUGGUAGGGCGUUUCUGAACCGAAUAUGCAGCUGUGAACUGAGCUGUGGAUGGAACGGAAUAAACAUGUAAGGGAGAGAACAGAGAGAAAACAAAACAACAUAUCGAAUCUCAAAAUAACCACCAAAAGGGGUGUUGGUGGGACAACAAGGUAGAGUCUCAUUCUAUUGGCUUCUGAGCUCUGUCUGCAAAAAGUUACAGCCAGCCAAUCAGUGAAUUGCUUCAUAUUGUUGCCGUGGCUCUGAGAUCUGCCUGGUGCUGUGAAGAAGACAUCUUACUCCUGAGCCCAUCUUCCAGUCACCCUCCAGUCACCCUCCAGUCACCCUCCAGUCAUCCUCCAGUCACCCUCCAGUCAUCCUCCAGUCAUCCUCCAGUCAUCCUCCAGUUAUCCUCAGUCACCCUCCAGUCACCCUCCAGUCAUCCUCCAGUCAUCCUCCAGUCAUCCUAAGUCAUCCUCCAGUCAUCCUCCAGUCAUCCUCAGUCAUCCUCCAGUCCCCACUCUGCCACCUUUACAUGACUAGGACUGUCACUGUGUGCCAUUAAGCCAACUGCCUGUCACAGUCUAUUAUCCCCGCCUCAUCUCUAAAUCAGACCUCUUAAUUGUCUGUUCCCUGUCUGAUUCCUGAUUGGACAUCAGCCAUUAACCUCCUCCCUGACAGGCUCCCUGGAUCAGCUGUGACCUCAGACCCCUGCCACAGCCGUCUGCUGUAGGUAAGAAUGGAGCAGGUGUACGCGUCGGGGAUGGCCGCCAAGCUGCGGAGCCAGUGGGACCGGGACGAGGGUCUGGGUCAGAACCACAACGCCGUCAAGUUCCAGGGCCAGGACUUUGAGUCGCUGAGGGCCCAGUGUCUCCAGAGCAGCAGCCUGUUUGAGGACAGCCUGUUCCCCUGCGCCGCCUCCUCUCUGGGGUUCAACGAGCUGGGACCCCGCUCCUCCAAGACCCAGGGAGUACGCUGGAAGAGACCCCCGGAAAUCUGUACCCGUCCCCAGUUCAUAAUGGAUGGAGCCACUCGCACUGAUAUCUGCCAGGGAGCUCUGGGUGACUGCUGGUUGCUGGCAGCCAUAGCUUCGUUGACUUUGAAUGAUAAUCUCCUCCACAGAGUGGUUCCUCAUGGACAGGACUUCGGAGGACAGUACGCUGGCAUCUUCCACUUCCAGUUCUGGCAGUAUGGGGAGUGGGUGGAGGUGGUGAUCGAUGACAGGCUGCCGGUGAAGGAUGGGAAGCUGCUGUUUGUCCACUCUGCCGAGGGAGGAGAGUUCUGGAGCGCCCUGCUGGAGAAGGCCUAUGCCAAGUUGAAUGGCUGUUAUGAGGCUCUGUCGGGAGGCAGUACGUCAGAGGGUUUUGAGGACUUCACAGGAGGAGUGACGGAGAUGUUCGAGCUGAGGAAGGCGCCCUCUGACCUUUACAGCAUCAUCAGCCGGGCCGUGGAGAGAGGCUCACUGCUGGGCUGCUCCAUAGACAUCACCGGCAGUCAUGACAUGGAGGCCGUGACCUUUAAGAAGCUAGUGAAAGGCCACGCCUACUCAUUGACAGCGGUCGACGAGGUGGUGUACAGGGGGAAUAAGACCAAACUGGUCCGUAUCCGCAACCCCUGGGGAGAGAUAGAGUGGACUGGGGCCUGGAGUGACAACUCCAGAGAGUGGGAGGGUGUUGACCGCUCAGUCAGAGGGCGACUACAGAACUGCAGUGAGGACGGAGAGUUCUGGAUGUCGUUCAGUGACUUCCUGCUUGAGUUCACACGUCUGGAGAUCUGCAACCUGACAGCAGACGCCCUGGAGGCCACCCAGCAGAAGAAGUGGAGCUCAGCCGUCUACCAGGGGGAGUGGAGGUCAGGAAGCACGGCUGGGGGCUGCAGGAACUUCCCUGCCACAUUCUGGAUCAAUCCGCAAUUCAAGGUUGCCCUGCAGCACCCCGACACAGCCGGCCAAUCAGAUUGCAGCUUCCUGGUGGCGCUCAUGCAGAAGGACCGGAGAAAGAAACGCAAGGAGGGCAAAGACAUGGAGACCAUCGGUUUCGCCAUCUACGAGGUUCCUAAUGAGUACAUGGGUAAAUCAGGCGUCCACCUGAAGAGAGACUUCUUCCUGACGCACGGUUCCAGCGCCCGCUCUGAGCUCUUCAUCAACCUGAGAGAGGUGAGCUCUCGCUUCCAGCUGCCUGCCGGGGAGUACAUCAUUGUCCCCUCCACCUUUGAACCCAAGAAGGAGGGAGACUUCGUCCUCAGGGUCUUCUCUGAGAAACCUGCCAACUAUGAGGAGCUGGAUGAUGAAGUCACAGCUGAACUACCAGCAGAGUCCCAGCUGGACGAGAGCCAGAUCGACGCUGGCUUCAAGAGUCUGUUUAGACAACUGGCUGGAGAGGACAUGGAGAUCAGUGCCACAGAGCUGCAGACUAUUUUGAACAGGAUCAUGACCAAGCACAAAGAUCUGAAAACAGAUGGAUUUGGACCAGAUUCCUGUCGGACUAUGAUCAACCUGAUGGACACUGAUGGUAGUGGUAAACUGGGACUGACAGAGUUCCAUGUGCUGUGGGAGAAGAUCAAACGAUACCUGACUAUAUUCCGUCAGUUUGAUCUGGACAAGUCAGGCACCAUGAGUUCCUAUGAGAUGAGGAUGGCUCUGGAGGCAGCAGGGUUCAAGCUGACAAACCACCUGUUCCAGCUGAUCAUACUGCGUUACACUGAGGCUGACUUGGCAGUUGAUUUUGACAACUUUGUUACCUGCCUGGUUAGGCUUGAGACCAUGUUCAAGACCUUCAAGACGUUGGACACAGAUGCUGAUGGAGUCAUACAACUCAACUUCUUCCAGUGGAUCAGCCUGACCAUGUUUGCCUAGAGAUGGACUGAUUCUCUGAUGUUACUGCACCAGGCUGCACUAAUGUCCUUUCAGAAGUGCCUUUCCCUGGUCCCUCCUCUCCACGCUGCAGAGGUCCAUGGAUUUGAAAAACUCUUGGAAUGUUUACAACAUUUAGUAUGCGGGUCAUCAUGUGCUAAAGCCUUGCCUGUUACCUUCGAAACAGAGGGAGACAAUUCUACUCACAGGGGGCCGUAACAUAGAAGUUGGUGGGAGAUUUUGAUACUGCCUCCUAUUGGAUAGGAAGGAAACUGCCUAAACGUUUUGUUUACAUCUUGUGCCAAAAUUCAUUGAUGCCUUGUCAUAUUUUCAACAUGGCGGCUUCCUUUCAGCAGCCAGUGUUUGUGUCAGUAAUAGGUUAAGGGGGUGGUGUUAGUAUGGAGUUUGCUGGGUCAAAUGAUUUCCUCCGCAGAGGGCAAAGCGCUGUUGUUUUUUGGAAGUACUUGAUGAUCCUUAGAGAAUCGAAUCACCCGCAUGACAGUUUAAUCAUAGUCGGAUACAUCAAUACUUUUCAAUGGAAAAACUAACAAUAUCGUUGUAAUGCUGCAUACUCUCUUUGAGAUCCUCUUAUUUUGGGAGGGGGAGGGGGCCACAGAGACUUCAAGGAUAUGCCUUUAUUAUAUCUCAUUUUUCAGUGUUCAAGGGGAACAUAAAUCAUUUGAUUGUUAUUUUUGUAUUUGGGAUGUUGGUUAUAAGGGAUGGCUGAUUUGAUUGGAAUAGCAGGCCUGAAGCUGAUGCAUGUAAUGUCAGAUGUAUUGAUGUAGGGGAGCUAUAAAACCUUUAUGAAGGGAGAGAAAAAUGCACGUAUCUUGGCGGAAAGAGAAAUAAACAAACCUUUGAAAGUAUAGAUUGAGACAUUUUCCCAUCUUGCCAAAUAGACUGAUAUUGAAGGGAGCAGAAGCAGUAUGACACUCAUAUUACCAUUACACUAUAGUUGACAUUUCCUGUGUAGAUGAAUGCCAAAAUGUCUUAAAUACAUUAUGCAAUCACAUGACUGUUGUUUACCAUGUACACUCUGGACUUGUUAUGCCAUGGAAUGAUCUAACUUCUCUAUAUCUAUCUUUUCAAAACUUUAAUAAAAACUUUCUGAACACAA